AUGAUACCACUUUCGCAAUACCUAGUACCGCAUACACAGGAGGUGUAUUAUAUCCCAGAUUUUGUGUCCGUCGAUGAGGAAGAUGUGCUGAUACGGAAGAUUCAAGCUUCGCCUUUGCCGAAAUGGAGGCAUCUCGCCAAUCGCAGGCUGCAGAUAUGGGGUGGUAACAUGACUGCAAAGAAAGUUUUGCUACCGGAAGCGAUGCCGGACUUUGUGACCAUGUUCCCAGACAUCGUUGGCCGUAUUGCGGCCACAGGCGCAUUUUCAGAGUCCUCGCAUCGGAGGCCGAACCAUAUCAUCGUGAACGAAUACCUCCCAGGGCAGGGCAUCAUGCCGCACGAAGACGGUCCCGCCUACCAUCCUGUCGUCACCACUCUCUCAUUGGGUUCGCACGCAGUGUUUCACUAUUACCGAUACAAGCCUUCUGCCACUGCCGCAAGCGAAGAGGAAGCUGAAGGCGAGUCUGGGAAGGUCAUCGACCCGGAGCCGGUGCUGUCAGUAUUAUUGGAACCUCGCAGCCUGGUGAUCACAACGUCCUCGCUAUAUCAGACGCAUCUGCACGGGAUCGAAUAUGUCGCAGAAGACGCCUUUCACCGGACCGAUGGGCACACAUGCAUUGCGAAUGUGGACUUGAUCGCCGACGGUGCGGCGAAGUCAACAAUUUUGAGGGGAGGAAAAUUGACAAGAAGGACGAGGUAUAGUCUCACAUGCCGUGAUGUAGAGAAGGUGGCUGGCGGUCUGCCGUUCGGUAAACGCUGGUACUGAAUUGGUAUCGCAGCAUGAUGUUUUCGUCGAAAUCUAGGCAUUGUCCAGGCCAUCCAUAGUGUAGGUACCGGACAUAGCAACUUGUUUGACAGCC